GUCUUCCGGGGUCCCAUCAUGCAACUGGCUCUAUAUUAAAAAUGGCGCCCGAGCUCUCUUAUAACAAAUAAAGAAAUACCCGACAUCACCGCUAUCUCUAGUUCCUACAACGCAAAAGUUUUUUUUUAAUUAAGUAAUAUUGGCGUUGGCAAUAGUCGCCACUAUGCCAAAAUAUUACGAAGAUAAAGAGGAAGACAACACGCCCUGUGCAGGUAUCAAGGAGGACUUUAAGGCAUGUCUCCUUGAACACGACUGCGUCAUUAAGGAGGGGAAAAUGCCCAGUGAAUGUCUAAAAGAAGGCCACUGCAAAGCCUUACAGACGACGUUCUUUGAGUGCAAAAGAUCCAUGUACGGAGCCCCUAAAGCAGUGGUCGGCAACAUUUACCUCUCAAAGAGCCAUUUUGACCCCUGGACACAAGGUCAAGAUUCAGAGGAAGAAAAGGAUAUUAAAGACCCAAAAUGGCGCCACGUGAUAAAGACUGGAUGACUAACUGUACCUUGUUGGAUUCACCUUCAUCUUGAAUGACACAUACACGUCAAGGCAUCAGGUAGCAAAGAAGGACUGCCAAAUGUUUACUAGCACUAAAAAACUGUAUUAUAAAAUGAGCAGCAAAUAAAAAGGUAUCUAUUUA